AUGUCUCAAAAUUCCGCCAUCGUUGCUCCGAAGUCGCGAUCGUGGAAGAGUCUGGUGUGGGAUACGUGGGACAAGCCGGAAGAAGAACGGCGAUUUUUGUCCAGGCUCGACGCGUGUCUACUCACAUACGCAGCGCUCUCGUACUUCAGCAAGUAUCUGGAUCAACAGAACAUCACGAAUGCGUACGUCUCGGGAAUGAAAGAGGAACACGGCAACGAGCUCAACUAUAUCACGACCGCGUGGACAUGUGGAUAUGUCCUCGGACAGGUCCCUUCCAAUAUGCUCGUCACGCGCAUACGUCCUUCCAUCUGGAUUCCGGCUAUGGAGAUCGUCUGGAGCGUCCUCACAAUGACGUUGGCGAGCGCGAAAAACUUUGAGACCCUUCUCGUCAUUCGAUUUUUCGUAGGUCUCGCGGAAGCGACGUUCUACCCGGCUAUCCAGUACGUGAUUGGUAGCUGGUACAAAGGUGAAGAGCUCGGUAAACGCAGCUGUAUCUUCCAUCAUCAGGAAAAACCCAAAUCCAUAAUGAGACGUUACUGA